AAUUAAAAUCCGCACGAAAUGGAGCUUUCCGAGGGAGUCAAGGAGCGUCUGGGAGUGGUUGUUGGCGCCGUGCAGACUGGAUUUCACUGGGGUUUCGUGCCCCUCGUCCUGUAUUUGGGCUUUGCGAAGGGUGCUGAGCCCGGCAUGCCGCCGCUGAACGUCUUCAGCCUGUUGUGGCAGUAGAAAAUUAGCAGUCGACCGAAACAUGGCCAUUUCCCCCUGGCGUGCCCCGCAUUUUGGUUCUGUUUGGAUUCCUGGGCACUUGCGCAGUACCUGCAGUUAUUGGAAAUAAAUUUAUGUUACA